UGGGGAGCGGGCGUCCCGAUGGAGGGCUACGUGCUCUUCCUGGCCCUGCUGGGCUCGGCGCUCGGGCUCGGCUUCCUCGCGGUGGUCUUCGCCCUGGUCUGGGUCCUCCUCUACCGCGAAGGGCUCGCCUGGAACGGCGACGGCGCCGAGUUCAACUGGCACCCGGUCCUCAUCACCACGGGCUUCGUCUACGUCCAAGGGAUUGCAAUUAUUGUGUACAGGUUACCUUGGACCUGGAAAUGCAGCAAGUUCCUGAUGAAAUUAAUCCAUGCUGGGUUAAACACCAUUGCUCUGAUACUUGCAAUUAUUUCUCUGGUGGCUGUUUUUGAUUUCCAUAAUCACAAGAAUAUUCCCAACAUGUACAGCCUUCACAGCUGGAUUGGAUUGACUGCUGUCAUUCUUUAUUCUGUCCAGCUUGUUCUAGGUUUUGCCAUCUUCCUGCUCCCUUUUGCUCCUGCUUCUCUCCGAGCGACUGUCAUGCCAAUACAUGUCUAUUCAGGCCUGGCCCUCUUUGGAACAGUGAUUGCCACCGCACUCAUGGGAAUUACAGAAAAACUUAUUUUUGCUUUAAAAAAACCUCCCUACAGCAGUUUGCCAGAAGAAGGUGUUUUUGUCAAUACUCUUGGGGUGCUGAUCGUUGUCUUUGGGGCUGUCAUUUUGUGGAUGGCAACGAGGCCCUCCUGGAAGCGCCCCCCAGAACAGAGCACAAAAACCCAGCAGAGAAAUGGGGGGAUGCUGGAUGGGAACGAAGAGGGGUCCACAAUGACCGAUUGCAGCAACACAGAUAAGUCUGACGUGGAGUUCAACAGCGAGGCCUCCUCUAGGAAACGAAGUCCCAAACUUGACGAAGCUGGACAGCGGUCAACAAUGUAAAACAGCUGAUCAUCUCACAGUACCGGAAGGGCUAAUUUCUCCUCAGUUCUGUUCAGCACAAUAUAUACAGCACACACACAUACAUAUUGCUUGCUUAAUGCUUUUAGGGUUUUCUGGGUAAUUGGUGCAAUUUGGUAAGGGCUCGAAUGCUGGAAGAACCUGUGCUUCUUGCUUCACUCUUAUCACUUCAUCUUUUGAUCACAAGAAAUGGGAUUGGAAUGAAAUGUGUUCAGCUUUCCACUUUUGUGGGUCUGAGGUCUUAAGCAAGGGCAGGUGGAUUUUUAGGGGGGGACGAUUGGUUUCCAAUGGUAAUUCCAUAGAAUUAAUAAAUCUUAAAUUGUCUCACAAAUUCCUGUAGUUUGUCUUACAGUGCAGGAUGUGAACAAAUUAGUAGAGAAAAGGAUGUUGGGUGUGGUGGGGGGAAGAAGAAUUGGCAGGGUAAGGGAGGAAGAAACACAUAACACUGCAUAAAGAUUACUCUCUCCUCCCCCUCCCAAUUAUAUAUGUUUCUACCACUGUUGCUCAGAUCUUUUUCUAUUGGCCAAAAUCCUACUGGUAUUCACAUAAGAUGGAUGCAAUGUGCCAUAGCUAAUUGAUGCUAAAUGGCGAAGGUGCCUCUGUGAUUGUGUUUGUUUAGUGCUAUUAUGGGUUAUGCAACCUCUGUGUUUUGAUCUUUCUUUUUGGAGUGUCAGGUGGCAACUCUCUGCUUGUGUUCCUUUCUACACUAGCACACCAAGUUUAUUAUGGUAUGUGUGGUUCAAAGGACUGAAUAGAGCCGAAUACUUAAAGUGCAGCCUCUAAAUACAGAAUUUGCCAUCUGGUUCUUUUUGGUGGCACCAGAAUAAAACAGUGUAGAAUAUUCCACAGAAGAGUAAACUCUUGUGAUUCUAUUGCAGGCAACAAUCUGUGAAGGUUGCAUUGUGCUGUCUUUAGAAAUUCUUUAAGCUAAACAACAACACAAUGAUCUGAUUGCUGCUUACAGUCAGACUACUAAAUUAUUUCUUUAAAGAUUUCUUUUUUUGAUGACAUCAACCUGAAGAUGGAAGGGGGCAGGGUUGACUCUCUAUAGAAAGCAUGGGGUAUGUGUGGAGAGGGAAUUAUUUGUUCCAAAUAUGUUCUAAACAGAUUUAAGUCUACAUAUUUUAGCGAACAUUAUGUCAAAGGUGGAGAAACUCUCUCAGUUCUAAGUGAUGCUAAAUUGUUAAGAUCUCAGACCUGAUUUUCUUAACGUACUUUUUUUUUUAAUGUGCAAUUUGGCAUGGAGCAUACCAGUGAGAAUGUAGAUCUGUUUGUCAGAUGUUAUAUCACCAGCACCAUUACCUGCAGGUAAACAUGGUUUGCAGCGAAGAUCAAACCUGGAACUUGAAAUGCCCAUCCUCUUUGGCUAAAUUCCAGCACUGAACACAUACCUUUUCAUUCUGACUUGGGG